AUGGUUAUAGGAGGAAUUGUUGUCAGCAACAUCCAAGGAGCCGUGUUAAGAAAUAGUUCAGAAAUUUUUCAAUUCUGGGAGAAUCCUCCAUCACCUCUUCUCCUGCAGGUCUAUUUUUUUAACUUGACUAAUCCUUUAGAAGUGCUUCAAGGUGAAAUUCCUAUCGUCAGGGAAAUUGGGCCGUACACAUACAGGGAGCAGAAAUGGCGAGAAGAUGUUCACAUUCUUGAGAACGGCUCAAAAGUGUCCUCUUUUCAACCAACCUCUUAUUUCUUUGAGCGAGAAAUGUCAGUGGGUGACCCAGAAGUGGAUCAGAUCCGGACUGUGAACAUACCUGCGUUGGUGGCCAUGAAUUUAGUCAGAACCACUCCUUUCCGUCUUCCUGCAGAAGUAUUGCUCACGAUCUACCACGAAAACCUGUUCGCCAUGCACACAGUUCAAGAGCUUUUAUGGGGAUACACAGACAAAUUUCUCCAGAUGGUACACAAAUUUUUCCCCACCGUCGAUCCAGUCUUUGGUUAUUUAAAAAAGGCCAACGGGACUGAUGAUGGUGAAUAUGUCAUGCUAAGUGGAGAAAAUAAUUACCUCGACUUCACAAGAAUAAUUGAGUGGAAAGGGAAAAACAAGCUAGACUGGUGGACCACACCCAGCAGCAACAUGAUAAAUGGAACAGAUGGAGGCACUUUCCACCCGCUGAUCAGCAAAGAUGAAACAAUCUAUAUCUUCUCUUCAGAUUUCUGUAGAUCUGUCUAUCUAAACUUUGAAAAAGAGGUGACCAUUUUGGGAGUCCCAACUUAUCGGUUUGUCCCUCCCCCGAAAAUUUUUGCUAAUGUCUCGGUUAAUCCAGACAACAUUGGAUUUUGUGUACCUGCAGGAAACUGUAUGGGUUCAGGAAUCCUGAAUGUCACAGCUUGCAAACAAGGGGCACCCAUACUUUUAUCGCUCCCCCACUUCUACCAGUCCGAAGACAAGUACAUCCAGGCCGUGGAUGGCAUGCAUCCAAAUAAAGAGUAUCACGAGACGUUUCUUGACAUUAACCCAUUGACAGGAGUAUUAGUGCAAGCAGUCAAACGAAUGCAGAUCAACGUUUUUGUUGAAACGUUACCCGAAUUUUUCCAAACAGGGAAUAUCAGAACAAUGGCUUACCCGGUGAUGUACGUAAAUGAGAGUUACGUGCUUGACAGAGAGAGUGCAGAAAAACUAAAGAUUGCUCUGCUUGAAUCCAGUCUGGCCAAAGCUGUCCCAUUCAUCAUCUUGGCACUAGGAAUUAUUUGUGGAGCAGUAUUUCUUGCAGUCACCUACUGGCCCAGAGGGAAGAAAGAGGAGCAGGGUACGGUUGAUGAGCGAGCUCCACUAAUCCGGACUUAAUUCGAAUUUCCCAGCCAUGCCACCUUCACAAAAAAGAGCUUCAUGAUGAUGACUGAACUGGGCAAACCGUUUUUAACUGCCACCACUACCUAUUCCUCUCAACUGCACCCCUGAAGUAGUCCUCUUGUUAGAAUUUAGUGACCAUCUGCUUUCGAGAAAGGAGAGUGUUUGUAAAAGGAACCUGAACUGAGGACAAAAUUACUGUUUUUAAGGGGCCGGUUGGGCAAUCAUUUGCCACUUCCUUUCCAGAGUGCAAAACUAGCAGUAUUUCACUCCAUUUGUAUCAUUUGUUGAACUUGUGGGGCCGCCCCCAUGCCUGUGUCCCCGCUGGAAUGGCUUAUUGGAAGAGCCAUGAAAGGUGACGUCAGCCCCGGUGACAUCCUUAUUCAUUUGGGAGAUUUGCUAGCACAGCCUUGUCCUUCUGUCAUUUGGUUUCUUGGUGAAUUCUGUGUGUCGGAUCUA